AUGGAUGAUAAUGGCGGCGCAUCAACAAGCGCACCGUCGACCUUUAGACCUCAGGUUAGUAUCGUUUUGCUUUUAAUUGUUUUACAAAAAGAAUGCCAUCAAUUAAUCUUGAUAUACAUAAGAUCUAGUGUUUGCAUCCAAAACGGCAUUUUUGAAUGCGUCAACUGCUUCUUCUGGUGA